UAUUGAACAACUCAACGAACCACAAAUACCUCAAAAAGGAUUCUUUUUGGAUUCCCAAAAUAAUAAAGAAGAUUAUACACAUGCUCAUCAGGUAUGGGACAUCUUUGAUUGCCAAAGUAUUGGAGAAUACUUAAAAGUAUAUUUGGAAAGGGAUGUCAUGAUUUUGGCCGAUGUAUUUAAUUACUUUAGGCGCCUUUGUAUGAAUGCAUACAGCUUAGACCCACUUAAUUAUCCAACGAGUCCAUCAAUGUCAUGGGAUGCUAUGUUAUAUAUCACCGAGGUAAAAUUAGAUUUAAUUAGUGAUCCCGACAUGCAUCAUUUUCUUAAAUCAGCAGUGCGAGGGGGACUUGUUCAAUGCAACCAAGAGACUGCGAAGGCAAAUAAUAAAUUCAUGGAUAAUUUCGAUCCUAGAAAACCCACUACUUAUUUGGCCAGCAUUGAGGCAAAUAAUUUAAGUGACUGGGCGAUGAGUCAGCCACUUCCAUUUUCCAACUUUACUUUUUUAAGUGAUGAAGAAAUUAAUAUGUUCGAGAUAAAACAAACAUCUUCAGAUGCCGAUGUAGGAUAUAUUUUAGAAGUAGACCUGGAGUAUCCAAAUCAUCUUCAUAAGAUCCAUUCUGGUAUGCCUUUCUGCCCUGAAAAUCAAAUUCUUCCAGGAGGAGUUCAUCAUAAACUUACAGCUGAUUUCAGUGACAAAAAAAAUUAUAUUAUUCACUUGCAACACCUGCAAUUAUGCUUACAAAACAGACUUGUCAUAACGAAGAUACACCGAGUAAUGUCUUUUAAUCAAUCUCGCUGGCUAAAACCUUAUAUUGAUUUAAAUAGAGAAAAAGUUGAACUUUCAAAAAACGAAUUUGAAAGGCAGUUCUUUAAGUCAAUGAAUAGUUUCAUUGUCGGCAAAUCAUUGGAAAAUGUAGAAAAUUAUUGUGAUAUUGCAUUAUUGACACAUUAUCAGUCCAAACAGAAUUCUCCAGGAUUUAGACAACGAGUUGCUAGAAAUAAUUUUCGAGGCAUUGAGAUAUUCCCGAAUAAUUUAGCUGCAAUUUACUCAGCAAAGCCUCAAAUUACCAAUGAUAAACCAUUGUAUAUUGGAGUCACCGUUUUAGAAUUGUCGAAAUGGUUUAUGUAUGAACAUUAUUAUAAUUUUCUUUCUGUUAAGAGUCCUUCCUCCAAAAUAAUAUUUUUAAGUAAUAACUCAAUUGUUGUAUUAUUAAGAGAAAAUUUUUAUAAAUUAAUGGAAGAAAAUCCACUGCGCUUUGAUAUGAAUAAUUAUUAUUUAAAUGGGCAUAAUGAUAAUAUAGAUUUAAUGCAAGACAAAAAUGGCGGACAAGUAAUGAAAGAAUUUAAAGAAAAAUACUUAGGUUAA